AUGGAUGCAUCCAGAAAUGGGACCUUGUCAGCGUCCUUUAUCUCUGUGAGUGCUAGCCACAGGUGGCAGUCCAGCACCACAGAUCUGAGGAUUGUUCUGGUGGGUAAAACUGCAUCAGGAAAGAGUUCAUCAGGAAACACCAUCCUAGGCAGUGAUUACUUUAAGACAGAUAUUUCCUCUAAGUCUGUUACUAAACACUGUCAAAGGCAUACGAAAACAGUGGAGAGUAAAGCCAUCUCAGUGAUCGACACUCCAGGAUUAUAUGAUACAAGAAUGAGUGAAGAACAAUUAAAGAAAGAGAUUGAAAAGUGUGUCAUCAUGUCCGCUCCUGGCCCUCACGUGUUCCUGCUGGUCAUCAGGUUGGAUGAUAGAUACACAGAGGAGCAGAAAAACACAGUUAAAUGGAUUCAGGAGAACUUUGGAGAAAAAGCUGCAUGUUACACCAUUGUUCUGUUCACUAGAGGAGAUCAACUGAAGGGAAAGUCAUUAGAUGGGUAUAUCAGUGAAAAUAAUGAUCUCCAGGCUCUUAUUAAUAACUGUGGUGGCAGAUUUCACUUAUUCAAUAAUGAAGACAAAGAUCGCUUUCAGGUCAUAAAACUGAUAGAAAUGAUAGAUGAAAUGGUGCAGAACAAUAGAGGAAAGUGCUACACUAACGAGAUGUAUAAACAAGCCCAGAAAAAGAUUAAAUGGGAGGCUUUUAAACUAAACUGUAAAAAUUAUGGACAAACAGCAAUGACAGUCUUAGGUGCAACAACAGCAGUAGUUGCAACAGGAGCAGUUGUACUAACAGCAGUAAAAAAUCCAGCAACAGCAGUAGCAAUAGCAGCAAAAGCAGUAGACACAGUAGUAACAAAAACAAGACUGAUACCAUAG